AAAUGCAUGAGUCAUUAUACGGGGAAGCUAUAAAGGAACAAGCGAGGCAUGAAGCAUUCAAUGUACGGAGCUUGGUGUCGUCAUAAUCAUGUGACUCGCAUCCCGUUUAACAGUUGGGACAACACGGAGACUCGGGUCGUGCAAAAGUUUGUCACCGAACAGACAGACAUGGCUGAAUCUGGAUUCGUUGAGAACUGGCAAAAUGGAAGGUCCGUGGUCGAGUGUAACCGCCACAUGUUGAACUCGAAACACACCUCUGAUGUCACCUUCCGGGUUGGCAAAGAUGAAGAUACCGUCCGUGCACAUCGUUACGUGCUCAUCAGCAGAAGCCAUGUGUUUGAUGCUAUGCUGUGUGGUCCCCUAGCGGAGAAAGAUGACAUAAAAAUAUCUGACGUCGAGGCAGAUGUGUUCUCGGAAAUGCUGAUGUAUCUGUACACAGAUUGUGCGACUGUCACGCCCGAAAAUGUCACUGGAUUGCUGUACCUGGCCAAGAAGUAUGCUGUCGGGGGUCUAGAGAAGCUGUGCCUCACUUUCCUGGAGAAAAGUUUGACACCCGAAAAUGCUUGUCUGAUUCUCGAGCAGGCGCAUAUGUUUGAUGAAAAAAAUCUCUACAACAAAGCUUUUAAACUUGUGCCUCGGCAUGGAGACAUCUGCUUCGCAUCGGAGGGUUUCAAGUAUCUGUCUCAUUAUUGCUUUAAUGAGGCCAUGAGGUCACGUGAUCUCAUUAUCCUGCCUAAAAACGCUUUCGAAGCCGCCACAAUUUGGGCAGAGGCCGAAUGUGGCCGGAAAGGAAGGGAGAUAACUCCCAACAAUCUCCGAUCGAUCCUGGGUGAUAUAGUCUACAGGAUUCCCUUCACCAGUAUGGACAAAGAGUUUUACGUCGACAACGUUGUACCCAGCGGGAUUUUGACAGAUACGGAAAAUGUUAAAAUAUGGUCAUGUUUGCUGUGUCCCGGGAAAGACCCAUCCCCUUUUAUUCGGCAAUCAGGAAAGGACUUUGUUCUCUUCGACGGACACAAAGUAUUCAGUGAUGUGCGAAAAGCACAAAAAGGUGCAUUUGGACGAGUCAACUUUUCUUGUUCUGACGACAUCAUUCUGAACAGUAUAUGUCUGUAUGGACGGGGAGGAGGAGAAAGAGAGUUCUCAACGUGUACAAUUAGCAGGAGCGAUAACACGGAAAUGGUUCGUGAACGUGAUGAGGUUACUUUACGAAGUUCGGAAGAGGUGUUGGAAACAUGUCAAAUAAAGAGAUAUCACCUGGAUACUCCAGUGGCUAUAACAGCAAAUACAGAUUAUUACAUUGAAGUGGAGAUGGAGAAAGGUUCCCCAGUGUAUGUUGGAGAUGGUGAGAGGACGAGUGUAACAGCUGGGCAAUGCACACUCCAUCGAAAAUGUUAUAAAACAUAUUAUACUACAUACCAUGGCUGCUGCGCAGACUUAAUCUAUGCCCUUGAGUUUACAAGACCGCAGUCAUAGUUUCCUUGUGUGAGGCUUUGCGAACCUAAAUAGACUUUCACUACCUGUUUGUAGAAUUGAAAACCAUUAAUUCGUGAAGUUGUUUAUAUAAGACUGUAGGCGUUAUUCCCUGUAGGCACUAGUAGACUCAGCCGUUUCAUGACCCAUCAUCGGGCAAUGUGUUCAAGGUUUAUCAUACAACAUUUCACUUUUGUAUUAUGCUACUGUUACAGCUGGUUAAUACGCCAAGUAAUGUCAAUGGAUCACAUAACUCGCUGUAGGGUCGAGGUGCGGUUUAUUCAGAUAUUAUACAUUAAGCCCUGAAACACACAUAACAUUCUUAGAAACAUUUACACAUUACAUAACGUUUUGCAUAGGUAUCACAAUUAGCUUACCACAAUCAAUUCUGUAGUCUUACAUUUACACAUAUUAUAUAAGUCAUAAAAAGGUUACCCGAAAGGUGUACAUAAAAAAAAAAGGAUAUACACCUUUCGGGUAACCUUUUUAUGACUUAUAUAAUAUGUGUAAAUGUUUCUAAGACUGUUAUGUGUGUUUCAGGGUUCGAUGUAUAAUAUCUGAAUAGACCGCACCUCACCCAUACAGCGAGUGAUGUGAUCCAUUGACAUUACUUGGCGUUUUAACCAGCUGUAACAUUUGGAGCCCCCAGUGAGGAUUGUUCAGAAAGGACCAUGAGCUGAUCUCUGCUGGUACAAGAAUGUGGACCGGAAGUUGUAAUUCAUCUGCUACGACUUGAUGUGUCUGUGAGUGACUUUACCGUGUGUCAUUUUGCCUUGUGAUACUUAUAAUGUGCCUGUGUUAACGUCAACUGUGCUGUGUUAAACACACUGCUGUGCUCUUACACCAGAAACUCUGUAUACAUUGACUUUUUAUUCAUUUUAUACAACAAGAAUUUGACUUUUAUAUGUGUGCAGCAGUGAAUCUACAGAGUUAUUAUAUGGUGUUUGCAAUUUACAGAUUCUGUGAUAUUAUACAUUUUCUGAUUUAUAGCAUGUUUUAAUAUAUAUACUUGUAUCUCAACACUGUGAUAUUUGUGAAUUUUAGGGGUGGUGAAACACAAAAUGAACUUAGUCGUUGCCCAUGUGUGUCAAUUAUUGCCCAUGUUUAUUUUAUAGGUUCAUUUUUGUGCCUGUGUGAUGUGUGGAUUUUGUAUUUUUUACCUUGUGACAUGAUUGGGUGAUUGCACGAUGAGUUGACAUGAAUGACUAGUCCUUGUGUUGUAAAUUCCUUCAGUCAUUUUUUUAGGUAACUAGGUUCCUACUGCUAUAUCUUAAUUAAAUCAAAUACCAAAUCCAAACUUAGGUUAUAUUAAAUAAAUAUUUAAAACAGUA